AUGGCGGACCCUUUGAGUAUAAGUGUCUCUGUACUUGCUGUUCUUACAGCUGCCAUUCAGUCGACGAAUUCACUCUUUGAAGCUGUCAAACGAUUCAAAGAUCGUAACAAGACUUUGCGCAGACUUCAGGAUGAGCUUGAAGAUCUCGGGAAUAUUUUGAACUCGCUGAAGGAAGCAAUCAAUACUGAGACAUCGAUGAUGGUGCUUCUACAGGGUCCCCUCAACCGGUGCAGCCAGGUGUGUCGCGAGUUCGAGCAAUCAAUGAAGGUCUUCACCAGCAAGUCAAAGACAGGCUUCCUGGAUUGGACCAAGAUGGAGUUUAUGAGGGGGGAUAUCAAUGAGUUUAUAGACACUAUCUCUGGGUACAAGUCAACAAUCUCAGUCGGCUUGGGCACCAUUACUAUGCACACAUCAAAGAUUUCCCACCAAGUUCUUCAACAAUACAACGAGAUGAUACAUGACACAGCAUAUAAUCUUGAGCUCCAUUUGCGCCAGAUAGAUGAAAAGAUGGCGCAACUCACAGCCGAGGAUUCAAGCACCUCAGACGUAACGGUUGACCUGAAGGACGAGAGAGCUGUGACUACACAAUGUCUUCGUAUUUGUGACGAUGCAAAGUCUUUUAUUGAGUCCUUGGCGAACCGGGAGUCUACUUUGCUUCAGGAAGCACACGAAAACGGGGGUGACAAUGGUCAUGGAUGCUUUGAAGCGCAAUUGCUAACACGCCAAGCUCUGGAUAAAAAUCGAGACAGCCUAGCGGUAAUUAGCAACCGCCUUCAAGAACGACUUGAGACUCUUCUCUUGGAUGACAGCCCUAAAAGGGAUGAAGAGAGAUUACGCCUGCAGGAAGACAUCAACAUUUCCAAACAGUGCUUAGAGGUGUGCAAGGUGGCUAGAGAAGCUUCACACCAGAAAAUCUACAGACUUGGGGAAGUUGUUGCUGACGGUGACAGCGAUCAAGUGGUGGUAACGAGUUUGGCGGACUUGUUUGAUGUUAAGAAAGCGCUGUCUCAAGGCAAUUCAGCGCAGCUGGUUGGUUCAAUGACAGAUGAGACUAUUCAACACCUGGCUGAGAAGCGCUAUAACAGUCGGUUUGGAGCGAUGCACGGCAAUCCUGUCCGUUCUCAAGCCGGCACGUCUUCAGUCUUCGAGGCUCAUAAAAGUAAACAAAGUUUUCCGUCACAGCCAAGGAAUGAUGGGCAGCCGCAUGGCCCAGAAGCAAGGCGUUCCAGGCCGUCUCCUAACGAGAUCAGAAAGCGGCUGGCAGAUGACGGAAAGGACUAA